CUCGCCAGGCUGUGAUGGGUUGACAGGUGCGUGACCGUCGGUGCUCUCUGUAAGCAUGUACACCAAAGGCAAGAGUAACAGCGUGCCGUCCGACAGCCAAGCCAGGGAAAAAUUAGCUCUGUAUGUGUAUGAAUACCUGCUGCACGUCGGAGCCCAGAAGUCAGCACAGACAUUCCUCUCUGAGAUUCGUUGGGAGAAGAACAUCACACUCGGCGAGCCUCCAGGAUUCCUUCACUCCUGGUGGUGUGUGUUCUGGGACCUGUACUGUGCAGCACCUGAGCGGAGAGAGACAUGUGAACACUCCAGCGAGGCCAAGGCCUUCCACGAUUACAGUGCGGCGGCAGCUUCCAGCCCCGUCAUCGGGAACAUGCCCCCAGGAGAGGGCAUGCCAGUGGGACCCGUACCACCAGGAUUCUUCCAGGGCUCUCCUGGCUCACAGUCCUCACCUCAUUCACAGCAUCCAUCACAUAACCACAUGAUGGGCCCCCAUACUCAGUCUUUCAUGUCGCCGAGGUACCCAGGUGGGCCCAGGACCCCCCUCAGAAUACCCAAUCAGGCGCUGGGCCCCGGAAACCAGGCGUUAUUGCCAGGUGGAAUGGACCCAAGACAAGGUCACCCAAAUAUGAGUGGGCCGAUGCAGAGGAUGGUGGCUCCCAGGGGAAUGGUCCCCAUUGGCCCGCAGAACUAUGGCGGUGGAAUGAGACCCCCCCUCAGCGCUCUGGUAGGCCCAGGAAUGCCUGGAAUGAAUAUGGGUCCUGCAGCAGGGAGGCCUUGGCCCAAUCCCCCUAAUGCCAACACAAUCCCGUACUCCUCAGCUUCUCCAGGGAGUUAUGUGGGCCCACCUGGAGGAGGAGGUCCCCCUGGUACACCCAUAAUGCCAAGUCCAGCAGAAUCUACAAACUCUGGAGACAACAUGUACACCAUGAUUAACACAGGCCCCCCAGGUGCAAACAGACCCAGUUUCCCUAUGGGUGCUGGAGCUGAAGGACCCAUGGGCAGCAUCACGGGAAUGGAGCCUCAUCACAUGAAUGGAUCACUGGGAUCUGGUGACAUCGACAGUCUGCCCAAGAACUCUCCCGGGAACUUGAGCAUGAGUAAUCAGCCAGGCACGCCACGAGAUGACGGCGAGAUCGGAGGGAACUUCCUGAAUCCCUUCCAGAGUGAGAGUUAUUCUCCUAACAUGACAAUGAGUGUGUGAGGUGGGAGAGAGAACCUGGGCUGGCCAGUGAAAGUGUUUCAUGACAACAGGAGAUUUCCACGGCCACUGAAGUCAUCUUUUCCAGGGGGGUGCAUCUGGACUCAGCUCACUUUGUCUUUUUCUUUCCCCCCCCCCCCUAUAAUUUAUUUGUCCCCGGUGAAGUAUUGAUGGCCUUACACGGACUUCAGCUGGAGGACUUAACGAAUGCAGCAAGCCAAAUAAAACUGUCAAAAGAGGGAGGAAAACAUAAAGAGGACGGGACAAAAACAACUUCAUGUGUAUCUGCGUCACUGUGUUUACACAUUCCAAUGUUCAUUUUGUCCAGAAAGACUCUGAGAUAUACACAAAGGUUUCUAAGACGACAGCACAUUGGAACAAGGAACUUGUUUACUGGAGUCUCAGUCUGUGUUUUUUAAAUCCCAGAUCACCAUGAAAAUGACCAUUUUCUCACAUCAACGCAAACAGACAAUAAGACUAAUUUCAAGUAAAAAUGUGUGGAUGUAUGGAUCUGACUUCAGACUUGGAAAGAAAUGGUGGCAACCAUUUCAGACAGAAAUGGUGGCAACUCCGAAUUCCAGAUGAGAGCUACACAAUAGCCUUCAGUGAACUGACAAGAGUCAACGCUAUUCUCUCAGUGGAAUUCUCGCCGCCAUUUUUUAUCAUGUGUGUGUGUGUGUGUGUGUGUGUGUGAGUCUCUGUCUGUCUGUCUUGUUACUCCAUGGGGCAUUCCAGAAUUAUGGGUUUGGUUAGGCUAUGUGUUGUAUUUCUGGUGUCAUUUGUUGCCGUUGCAUUAAGAUGACAAUCAUGAUUUCCCUCACUAUUAAUUUAAUUAAACAUCUUGAUUUCCAAUUAUUUAAUAAGAUGACUACAAAGCACACAUUCUCACAGAUAUUAGUAUAUGUGUUUGUUUAUCACUGAUGGAUGAAAAAUUGCUGAAUCGUAAAAAUAGUAGCUCUGACUUGGGUGAAUCACACAGAAUUUGGCAAGCGCUGGAAGACUGUUGAGAAAACAAAUUAGUUCAAUAACAGUACGGUCCACCAUGAAUCAAACAUUACAGUAUAGUCACUUUUUUAGUUUGAAUCUUUUGUCUUUCCCAGUAAUCAAGUUGUCUCUUCAGUUUUACUAUUUAUAUAUCACAUCAGACUUGGGGGGUAUUCAAGGUUUGUGGUUUAGUGACAAACCUGUGUUAACCUAAGUUAACUAAUUUUAAGUGGUAAGCCUCCAAAAACAAGAGCCCAAUGUCAUUGUUUUGUUAGGAAAAUAAAGGAGGAUACAUUACUGUAGGAGGUUUACUACUUAAUCAGAGUUAACUUACCCAGGUUAGUGACUAAACCACAUACUUGGAAUACCACCUUGGACAUUUCUGAUGAAAGUCCAGUGUGUUAUUUUUCUGUUUAUUCCACUGUUCCUUGUUCAUGUAUUUAUCAUGUAUUCAUCAUGUAUUCAUUUUUGCACAAAUGUCAAAAUUGCGCUACUUAAUCAUCAGUAUCUUUGUGAUUUUUCUCCAUAACUCUGUUUGUGAUACAGUAUGUAGGUAUUUUGAAGUUAGGAGGCAUCUUAAUGACUUUGUGUAAAUAUUUUGAGAAGUUUUUGGAUGCCAGCAUAAAUCUUGUUCUGUGUUUAACUGUGUGUAUGUUAGUAAAAAGUGUUCAUUUGUGUUCA